AUGCCACGAGGAGACCGAGAUCAUACGGUGAAUAAAGUCCCAACCAAGAGUCCGGACAUGGAAUCGACAAACAAAUGGAAAAUCCCACAUUACUACAGAAGAUCACAUGUCCAUUCACCUACACAAUACUCAAAUCCAAACGGGUCCCUAAACUCAUUCAAUGGCUCUCCCAAUAUAAAUAUAAUGACCAGUCCUAAAAAACUACUAAUAGAAGAACCUCAAAGAGUCAAGACUAAAUCAAGAAAAUCGAAGAGGAAGGAUGGGCAAGUAGUCUUUGUGAAUUACACAGUCCUCGACACGGAAAAGAAAGCCACUAUGAACACAGACAUCGAGAAAGAUAUACCCCUUGCUGAACAACAUCAAAUAUUAAAACGAAAAUCUUCAAAAAACUCAGUAUUACAAAUAUUUAAAUCAUCGUCGAAAAAUCUAAGAAACUCUAGCAACAGAGCCUCGUUAAAAUUAGUUAAGGAUAAAAACCUGCAUAAUAACAAUACCCCUGCUGUAAAUCUAUCAGAAGUAGGUACACUGAUAAACAAAUCAGGUGGCCCAUCAACAGCUUCUGCGAAGGUAAAGGAUACAACAAAGUCUCUAUCGGCAAAAAGAUCAUACGGUUCUUUUUUAAAGCAUACCAAACUAGUGCCAAACUGUAAUCAGGUGGCGAAGUCUUACAUCACAGAAACGUUAGACAACCAAUGGGAGGGAGAUUUGGAAGUAGUUCCAAAAUCGUUACCAAAUCCAUCAUUGGCAAAGCCUUCUAACAAUAAUAAUAGAGAUAAAUUAACUCCACUAAAAGUUGCUAAUAUCCCCUUAUUUACUGCAAGACAUAAAGCAACAAGUAAAUCCAAAAUGCCUUCCAAAGUUGAACAAAUGAAGUCUGAAAAUAACCAGGUAGUUAACAAUCAUUUUUUUGAUGACAAUACCUAUACUACCGAAGCUGUUGUCCAUGCGAGCUACAAUACUUUUCCGACUGAUACAGAUGGUUAUAAACUGCGAGAAGAAAAUGAUGCAUCUGUUGCAUUUAGUAAAUUAUUCACAAGGAAAAGGGCAAAUACAAGUGGGGCUCCAUCUUCUUUCCUAAACUCAACUUGCAAUCCAAAUACAAAUCAAGGUCACAAUACUAUCACUAGAGGUAAUACCUGUAACAACCAAAAGCAGCAUACUGCAAACCGCAGGAUUAAUCGGUCAUCCUCGUCUUCUGCCAUCGCUCAAAGAACAAUGUCCAUAGCCUCUUUGUCAUCAUUGUCCAAUCGAUAUUCCCCUAAUAGAAUUAUAUCACCAGGGCGGCCGAGGUCAAGUACGAGAAGUUCCUCAUCAUAUAGGAUGUCAAGAGAUUUAGGAUCACUCUAUGGAACUGCAUCUAAUAUUCCAGAACUGGCUCUAGAAAACGAAGGUAAUCAGUUUCUUGAUAAUCAAUAUAUAGCGAACUAUAGCCAAGUUACGAAUAAUGAUAACAAUCUAAACAACUCAAUGUUCAACCAUAAGAAAAAUCAGGAAUCAAUAUCGGAUAUACACCAGAUAUACAGUGCGGGAACAGUUGCAUCAACACCUUCAUCGUCCUUUGUAACGCCACCAUAUUUUGGACAAGCGCUACAGUCAUCAACUUCUGCGGUAUCUACUCCUAGCUGUGUUGAGUCUACUAACUAUCAUAGUGGAACCCUUCGGCCAAAUAAUAACCCAUACGGUAACAAUGACAGUUCAAGUAAUUUACCAAGAACCAGAUCUAAUCAUACAAACAGUAAUUCAGUGUCCACAAGAAAGGCUGAUCAAGAAAGCGACAACUUUUUCUCGGAGUUUUCGAGUAUCACCACACCGACGGGUAGUAUAUAUCCUACUUGGGAAAUGCAACGAAUAGAAGCUGCCAUACCGAAACAAAAUCCAAAGUAUUAUGAAAAUCUUCCCAAAAAUGGGUACAUGCAUAGGACUACAAGUCAGGGGUACAACAGUAAUAGUAAUAAUAUUGAUAGGAAAACUAACGGCAUUGAGCGAUUUGAUGGUCUUCACAGUCAAUCCAAGACAUACCAUGAUGCAAGAAAAUCUACUAGCAGUGCGGUGGAUUCAUUAAUGACCAACUCUAUCGGCUCAACGGCAAGUAGUAUAACACCAAGAAUGAAUUCACAAGAUGGAGAGAAAUAUUUUCUUGUUAACACCGGAAUAGCAUCAAAAGAAAUCAAUCUGAAUCAUUUCAACAAGCCUAUAACUGAGAAUAACGAAACUUCUGUUCAAGCUACGAAUAACAAUCGUAACGAUACCAAUAACCUGGAUAAUAAUAUGGAUCCACUUUCGCAGUUAUAUACUGAAUUUGAUUUUGAAAACCCUAAUUCAUUUUUCCAUGAACAGUCAUGUAUAAUGAACUCUACAACGAGUAAUGCAGAUACUUUAAUGCAAAAUGGUGAGAAUACCAAAAAUGAUGAAACAAUUUCGAGUUUAGGACUUGGGACUUCUUCAAUCAUUUCACCUAAUUCAACGGUGCAACGGCCAUUCAACAACUUAACCACCACUACCACUAAUAAUGAUUCUUCUUUACCGAUGAAUGGGAAUUUAGGUUAUAAUUCCCAGUAUAACUCUACUGAAGGGCUUGACAUGGUCAACCUGAAUGAUAAUAAUGCUAUAUUUGAUAUUCAGAGCAUGUUGUUACUGUCAGAAUUGGGAGACAAUUACAUGACAGGUACUAAGGUGUCAAACUCUAACGAUCACAUUAAUGACGAUAAGAUAGGAUUACCAUUCGAUAACAAUAAUUCUUGA